UGUAUUCGAUUGGAGCUUCGUUUUAAUCGAGAUUCAUUGGCAGAAACAUAUUUGGAGUGCUGGUGGUGGUGGUGGUGGCGGCGAUGAAGAGGCGUGGGCGGGGGGGUUGAAGGGAGAGAAGCAGUAAACACUGUUGGGUAACGAUGGUUCUAAAAACAGCCAUGCUACUAGGUAUCCCGAAACUACCCUAAAUUUCCACCAAUGAGAAAGAACAGGAUAAAGAGGGAGAAGAACUCGGAGGGAUUUGAAAAUCGCGGAUCAAGGGGUUGUUGAUACCGAGAGAAAGAGGGAGAGAUGUUUGCAUGAUUGGCCUGAGGAGUCGGCGCGGUUGCCAAAUCUCCGGCGACAGUGACGCAAAGAUGGUGGGGACGGGUAGCAAUGACGCGUGGUCUGAUUGGUGGAGCUCGCGGUGCCGCCUUUCGAGUCUCACGGAGCGUCGCGCGGUCGCACGGAUCCGCAGUUCGCAUUCGGAGGCCUUGCGAGCUACAUCUUUUCGAGAAGAAAAAGAAAGAUUGGACGGGUUCGUCAAAUUUCCCCCUCCACGGGAAUCGCGAUAAAGAGUCUUCGAUUCGAAAAAGUGCCAAGUUUCUCUCGCAAAUACUCUUUCUCCGUCGCUGGUACACUACGACACAUACACACACGCACGCACACGUACACGUACACGUACAGGGUCACACAACCCAUAUAUACGUAAUCGUCUUUCGUUUUCACGGUGAUCUCUACACGUGACACAAACUGAGCAUCGAAGAGGCUCCAAGGCGAAAGAGCGGCGUGUUGCUUGCUGUUCGAAGCGAGAGGAGAUAUUCGUCGAUCGUUCCAAUUUCUUUGUCAGCCUGUUUGUACGCUGAGAGAGUCGAAACGGGUGUGCUUCCAAUGUAAAUCCACAAGAACGUAUCGUCGGAGUGGCAGUUUUUGUGUUCUCAAAGUUGAUACGUACAAACGCGGCUUCUUCUUAACUAUUAACCGGCUACCGUGCUACGACACGCACGCUGUUCUGCUCUGAAAGAAGAAGAAGGCUAGUCACGGCCGGAUCGCGACUACGUUAUAACCUAACUCCAGUGUGUUUUUGUGCGAAAACGAGGGAAAAUGUCGACUGCCGUCAUGAGCACCCCUAUGUUCGUCGAGUGUAGCGAGCACUUAUUUAAGAACAGUCCCGCAAAGACGAAGGAGCCAACCUCGACAUCAACGACGAGUACCUCGGGCAACGGUUCAGCCGGGAAUAAUGGCGGACACGCGCCUCUUCGCCGUAGCUACACGUCCCUGGUGACAACCCUGAUCGAACAACAUCGUAAACUAGAUCGCAGCGCGAGCGAGCCAACGUCUCGUUAUAAAACGGAGCUGUGCAGGCCAUUCGAGGAAAGCGGCACCUGCAAAUAUGGCGACAAGUGUCAGUUCGCUCACGGUUACAGCGAGCUACGGAAUCUCGCCCGGCAUCCGAAAUACAAGACCGAGCUGUGCCGCACGUUCCACACGAUCGGUUUCUGUCCGUACGGACCCCGUUGCCAUUUCAUUCACAACUUCGAGGAGGCUCGAAUUCACAAUCAAAAGGUGAGCGCGCAACUAGGAUCCACGCAACCGAACAUACUGGGCUUGAAUCCUAUUCUAAGCGCUGCAGCAGCGGCAGCCGCAGCCGCAGCCGCCGGUGGAAAUACCUGCAGUGGCUCGAACGUCAAUCCGACGACGAUCAGCAGCGUCGCUCUGCUCGAACAGAUCGCGGCCUCGCCUCAGGUAGCGGCAGUGGCGGCCGCAGCGACCCCCAACCUCAUGAGAGCCAAUUCCUUGAGCCUGUGUAGUACCACCAAUGCCUACAAUCCACCGCCAUUGCUCAGAACCAACUCGUUGAGUCUAACGACUAGCCAACACCACCACCACCACCACCACCACCAUCAUCAUCAUCAGACUAGCUCGACGACCGCUAGCUCGUCGGUGAUCGGCGCCACCAGGCCCAAGCCGACCUUUUCUCUCGGCAGUACCGGAGACUCGGUUUCCCCGUCGUCCAGCCUCAGUCAGUCGCCGACCAACUCUAUGGCGAGUUUCUUCGGCGACGACAGCAAUCAGCAAGCGUCCGUUACCUCGCCGUUCAGCUUCGGCCAGGAUUUCGGGCUCCUUGCCACGAGACGAAGUCCCAGCCCUCGAACCAACAGCGUGUGCAGUCCUUUGAGCACCGAGGAGCCCACGCCGAGAACACCGUCCCCGCUCUCACCGAACGCCGAGUCCAGACUGCCAGUUUUCAAUAGGAUCAGCAACACCCUCGCCGACUUUGAGAAUCUUAAGAUCUAAGGGAUUUCUCCUCUGGGUCCUUCGACUUCCUUUGGUAUAUUCUAUUUUCCUAACGUUGUUUCUGAUAAAUGUGUACGUCAACGUUUUAAAGAUCAGAGUAAGGACAGAGAAAGAGAGAGAGAGAGAGAGUGAGAGAGAGAGAGAGAGAGAGAGAGAGAAAGAGAGAGAGACGAUAAAGAGCGUUGGACCCAAAGCACACGCGUUAAUUUAUAUAUAUAUCGACCGAGAAGACAAGCGAAUAUUUAGGGAGAGGGGACGGACUCCUCCACCGACUCAAAGAGGUUUUUCCUUUUCUCUUUUCUUGUUUUUAACAUUUGAACUAUAUUUCUCGCGUCAGACGGGCCUUCCUCUCCAUCGUACUCGGCUUCUUAUUUAAGCGUUUCUCGUUCUUUAAACUGUCAUUUCUAAUUAUGAUCACACUAUUAUUAUUAUUAUAUAAUUAUAUUAUAUAUAUAUAAUAUUAUGUCAGUAUAUUAUAUUAUCAUCGCUACAAUUAAUAUUAAUAACGUUAUCAGUAAUAUCACUAGCGAAUCUUGAAUAUCGCUGUUAAUUCUAACCGCAUUAGUAGCGUCAGUCACUUUGUGACUCCGACUACAGGUCCGUUUCCAUCUUUUUUUCUCUUCUUUACUUUAGGUUUACGCUCGUUUAGUGGAAAGGUCGAGAUGGUAUCAGCCCGGAUGUCCCGACCUGCUCGUGAGAAUCCUUGGAUGAUUCAACCGUGGAAAAGGAGAAAGAUAGAGAAAAGAAAAAGAGAAGCGCAAAGAUCCGGGAGCGAGGAUAGCGUGAACGUAAGAAUAUGCAGAAACGAAAAGGCGGCGAUGGGAGCGAAAAUGUACCGGAAGAACGAGUCCAAGUUUCUACCGAAUUCUGACUUGGCUCGAGCAAGUUGUUCUUUGAUCUCCUUUGGACUCGCGCAGCCCCAUCUCACUCGGCAUCUCCGCUUUCAAUGGCCGAUCCUCGCCUUUGUCCUUGCUCCUCCGUUUUGUUGCUUGGUUCACGCGAGGAUUCUCGCAACAACGAGGCGUUUUUCCAUCCGGGGCAGGUGAAAUGUUGCAAUAUUCCAAACCAACUCGUUCGUUUUUUUAAAUAAUUCCUGGAUUUCUUCUUGCGAAAAAGCGGCAGGGGAAAGUAGACUUUUGAGAGUGAAAGGAAGGCGAGUUCGAGUCGCACGGGAGAAAUAACUGAAAGCAAAACAGAUGGAGAGGAAGAUAUAUAUAUAUAUACAUAUAUACACACAUAUAUAUAUAUAUAUUUAUAUAUGCGUGUGUGUGUGUGUGUGUGUGUGUGUGUAUGUGUGUAUGCAAAUAUGUGUAUGUGUAUAUAUACACACACACGUAUGAACAGGAGUAAAACGUGUCGCGUUGGUGUUGGGUUUAGGUGAUGAAGCGCACGAGAUCACAAUCAAAGAUCAUGCUAUGCAAAUUAAGUGGCUUAGAAACUCCGAUUGUCUUCCAACGAGCAAGUAAGAGUGUGUUUGUGUGUCAGUGUGAGUGUACAAUCUCGUGAUAUUACGAAGUAACCUAGACAGAGUGGAAGAGAGAAAGAGAGAGAGAGAGAGAGAGAGAGAGAGAAAGAGAGAGAGAGAGAGAGAGAUCGAAUGGUGAGAGCAAGAAGCAAGCAAAAGGAAGAUAAUGAGAGAAAGUGAUGCUUUAGUGUGUGUAUGUGUGUGCGUGUCAUGGGUGCGCGUGUACGUGCGAACGAAAGAACGUGCUCAUUUAACAAUAAGUUAUACGAAAAUAGAUAUUUUUAUAGACGAGAAUUCGUCAGGGCUUUCAAUCGUUUUACGCGUUCAAGGUGAACUUUGUACGAGAGACGCUGUACGCCAACGAGAGGUUGACAACUGAUUUAUACGUUCCCCGAGAAAAAAGAUUUCUGUCUUUGGAAUAACGUUCUAUCCUGAGACGAAAAUAUCCUCUAAUGGAAUUUCUUACCAGCAUCAGAGUUACUUUUAUAAUUUUCUUUUUAAUCGAUUUUUAAACAUUUUAUCCAUCUAAAGACGUUCUUGAUUCUUUUUCAUUUUCUAGUUUAUUGGACCGAAGAAGCAUUAUCGGACGUACGUCAUAGCUUGGUUGAAAAUUUUGGUUUUUCCAUCUUCUUGUUUGUUUUCUUUCACGUUCUCGGUUAAUCGAUCGAUCAAAAGUUCGAAAAGAACAAAUAAAAAAGUCUAUUUUUACCGACUUUCCAAAGCUAAGACAAUCGAGUAAUUGUAAGAAAUUUUAAUGGCAAAAGAGAGCCAAUUCUUUCCACGACCAACUCGUACCAAAAGCAAAUAUUGGUAAACCUAUUUCUUUCUCUAACGUACCAUGAAACGAAUUCGCUCUAGCUUUAGCUCGACAGGACAAUAUGCCCUCUCUGUUCCUCCCUCUCGUUCAAACUCUAUACGAUAAUUGCUGAUAUUUGCAUUGCGAUAGCUACAUAUCACUUCUCUUUUUUUAUGGGAAAGGACAAUGUGUAUAUAUAUACCGCGAAGUGGACCCGAUUACUCCUUCCGCUUCCCGUCGUUCGCCCUCUCCUUUCAACAUCUGGGCCUCGACCGCGAUAAAAGCAUUAACAUUAUGGAGAAAAGGAAAAGCAAUUGUAUUACGAAGAGAGCGAACGGAGAGAACAUAUAGGUAGAUGGAGCGAAAGCGACAGUGAGCUUAGGGCAAUGAGGCGGCGUAAUUUCCAGAGUGCUUCCGUCUGCCAGCAAAUAAUCACUUUUCGCGUUAAGAUCGUUCAAAGCGUCGUUUCGAGAAAGUGGAACGACGAACCGACUAGCUCGUCGGUGUAUAUUUUCGUUUGUCUUAUUUUUUAUUUUCGUUUCUUUUUCAAAUAUCGCCAAUGGAUUUCUUGGCGUAAAAAGCGCGUUACCCCUACGAGAAUGUCGAGAGAACAACGUUGAGCAAUACGAAAAAAAAAAAAAAAAAAGAAA